UGCACGUUCUAGACAAGAUAACCAGUCCUCAUCAUGAAGGUCCUUGUAAGGCUUACUUUCCUGGUCCUUUCCGUCUUGGUAUACAGUUACCAAGCAACCAAGACUGGCCCCGAUUGGUGGAAAAGCUCGGUUAUAUACCAAAUUUACCCCAGAUCGUUCAAGGACAGCGACAACGAUGGCAUCGGUGAUUUACAAGGUAUUAUCUCAAAGAUUGACUACUUUGUUGAACUGGGAGUUGAUGCCAUCUGGCUCUCGCCUAUCUACAAGUCACCCAUGGUGGAUGCUGGGUAUGAUAUUAGCGACUACAGAUCUAUUGCACCAGAAUAUGGGAAUCUGAGCGAUUUUAAAGAGCUUUUGGAGGCUGCUCAUAAGAAUGGAUUGAAGCUUAUUUUGGAUUUUGUGCCGAACCACACGAGUAACCUGCACGAAUGGUUUAACAAGUCUGUAGCAAGGGAGGAAGGGUAUGAAGAUUAUUAUUUGUGGAAUGAUGGAUAUGUUGAUGAUGAUGGUGUGAGACAACCACCCAAUAACUGGCUUAGUUUGUGGUCAUUUUCUGGCUGGGAAUGGAACGAACAAAGACAACAGUACUAUUUCCAUCAAUUUUCCAUUCAGCAACCAGAUCUAAACUAUCGCAGUGAAAAAGUGAGACAAGAAAUGAAGGACAUUCUUACCUACUGGUUAGACAUUGGCGUAGACGGAUUUAGGGUUGACGCAGUUCCUCAUAUUUACGAGGACGAACUUUUGAGAGACGAACCAAUAGUACCCGAUUCUGGAGUGGACGACACGAAUUGGAACUACCUUAAUCACAUCUACACCAAAGAUCAGCCAGAAACAUUCGAGCUGGUCUACAGUUGGAGAACUCAUCUUGACAAUUACACCAAUACUGUUGGGGGUGACACCAGAAUGUUUAUGACGGAAUGCUCCAGUGAUAUGGAAAAUCUAGUAAAAUACUACGGUAACGAAAACGGUACAGUCUUAGGCGCUCAUUUCACCUUCAAUUUCUAUUUCUUGGGUAUCAACGAGAAUACCACAGCUGCUGACCUCCAAUCAGACAUCACCGUUUGGUAUCAAAACCUUCCCUCUAUCUACACCUUCAAUUGGCUGACGGGAAACCACGACAACCACAGAGUAGCCUCAAAGGUGGGCCAAUCCCGAGUAGACGCCUACAACAUGCUCAUAUCCUUCCUCGACGGAGUAACUAUCACCUACAUGGCUGAAGAAAUCGGUCAAGAGAACGGAGAGGUCACUUGUGAGCAAGGUCAAGACCCCAGUGCGAUAAAGAACUGCACAACUUUCAACGAAACCACGAGAGACUUCGAAAGAACUCCGUUCCAGUGGGACAACUCUACCAACGCUGGGUUUAACGAAGGUGCACCAACAUGGCUUCCAGUCAGCUCGAAAUACUUGGAAACAAACUUGCAGGAAGAAAGAUUGGCUAGCAGGAGUCAUUAUCACGUCUACACUGACUUGGUUCAGCUGAAAGCGUCACUGAGCGCAUAUAAUUCGAGUUACAUCUUUGUCAACAGUUUGCUGAAUAAUCGCUUGUUGGAAGUGCAGAAGGCUUUGGAUGAUCCACACCAAAGUACAUACAGGCUAUACUUCAAUACUGGAAACGAAGCUUUGACUGUUAGUUUGGACCAGAAUUAUACCGUAGUUAUACCAAGUGUGAACUUGGCAUACACUCAAGGGCUCACUGACAAUGACCUUGUACUGAAUUCUGGAGACAGUGUAAUUAUUAAAGUUUUGUAACUUUUUACUGUGUUUUUAUAAAAGUAAAUAUACAUUUUAUUACGAAAAAGAA